GGUCAGAAGCAGCCGCGCGAGAGUGCGAGACCUGUUGCAGAGACCUGUCCUUUGCUCUCGCGAAUAAGGCUUGAGCUGGCAAAGCAAAGAAUUGAUGAACCAACCAUUGAGUAUGCAGCUUUCAGCAGAUAUGUGCAGGGCCUGCGAGAGGACUGGUACAGGUACAGAAGUGACAAGACUUCGAUCCUUGCAGUCUAUGCCAACUGAGCCGGUUCUGCUGGAGAAGCCACGUGAUUGGUAUGCAAGGUUCUGGAAUCUGGAUUAUUUCAAGCGGGACUGUGGGCAUGCCUACUGGUUUUGCCGCCCUCAGUUUCCAGCCUUUGAUGGUGAUGAAGCAGCCAUUGAUAAAGUUGUGCUCCACGUCAGUAUCGGAGAGUAUGUGGAGUUUAACAAGAACCCUACAACGAAUGGACCGCAAAUGCGACCAGGAGAAGGGUCUUGCUUUUCCCCGACUCACUCUGGAUGGUUAUGCUCCUUUCUUUGGUGUCAUGCGGAAAUUCUUCGACGAGUGCUGGACAAAGCUUGGCCCUGAGGGGUUGCCAGAUGUUACUCCAAGGCUCGCUCAAGUCUUCGCACAUGCUUUCUCUUUGCAAGAUCCCAUGGAGACGCUUUCUCGUUUCUACAAGGUGACGCUUGCAGCUACAGGCUCCAUUACGAGACUCCACGUGGAGGUUGCUGGGGCGCAUACUUGGCUCAACCAAAUAGAGGGGAGAAGGGCGUUCUUCCUCUUUCCACCCUCCGAGUCAAGGAAGCUCUACGAAGAGACAGGCGGCCCAAUGCAGGAGACCAGUGGUUUUGCUACGAGCAUUAGCGGGGUGGACAUCUUGGCACCCAGUGCGAAGCGGCAUCCGCUCUUCGCAGAGGCCAAAUCCUUGGCUUUGGCAUCAGUUCUGGACAGAGGAAAACAAGCUCCGCUUCCCGGAAGUUGCCUGGGAGUACUUCAACUGUCAGAAGAUGACCCCAGAGUUCUGGACUGCACUGCCUCAAAAGAUCAAGGCUUUGCGAGAGUCUAUGGCUGAAGCUGAGUAGUGCUUGAGGGUGAUAUUUCCAUAUCUUUCCAAGCUGCGGAAGCUUUGCCGUAGUUCCAGUAUGUUCAAGUAGAAGUUGCGGGUACCAAAAUGUACCAAAGAAGGGUGGCAUAGC